AUGGAAUUUAGGUUAUUUGUUAUUGUCGUUCUUUCCUUCAUAUCAGGAAGCAACUGUGAAUAUUGUUCAGUGUCUGUACCAGGUCAUCAUAAUUCAUAUCAGAUAAGAUGUAGUUCCUCCUGUUGUGGGUCAGGCUAUGAUACAAGAUGUUGUGUGUCGGGUGAUAUGAUAGUAGGAAUAUUUUUUGCCUGUGUAGCCUGUGUAACGAUAUUGGUAACAUUGUUGUAUUGUUGUAUCAAACACAAAACUAAUCGUGACAUGAGGCAGAAUUCUCGAAAUCCAGAACUCUCAUUCCUAGGAUCAAAUGAUCGUUUUUAUCAGCCAUUCCCAGCGCAACCUGUUAAACCACCUCCAUAUAAAAAGUAUGAUCCACCACCAUCUUACACUGAACGUCCUGGUACUACAGCAACAAUACAACCAACUCAAGCAACCACUAGUAUUUUCUGGACAAGAAGACCACCUCCAAAUGUCAACACUGUUCCCCGGCAGAUUCUAGUGUCGUCACCUCCUCCGCCUUACGAUUCCCGAGCAUCAACACCAGUCGUUCAACAAAUACCAGAUGAUUCACCAACAGAAUUACCACCGUCUCAGAUUCAAUUAUCUACUUCAAACCUUGGUGAUCAUUAUCAGGUUACAGAGAUUCCGAAUCAGCAUCGUUCAGUGGUUCAUACUACAUCUGAUAAUAACAAUAAUCCCGGUAUAAAUCCAGAUAUUGUUCGAGAAGUCAGCCUUGGACCGUCCACAUCACAAACAUCAAAUGUUAACCAGCCAUCUGAACACGAGAGAGUUGUGGAAAUGUUUAGAGCGACUCCAUCCUCAAGCAUUAAUUCAUAUUCUGCUUAUAAACAACAAAGGCGAGAUUCAAAGCUUCGAACUCAAGCCGAAAAAGUUCAAAAGCAGCUAGGAAGGACACAUCCAAAACCAACCUCAAAAACUGUUCGACGCCAAUCACCAACACAAACACCAACAAAGCGAACUUUAUCUAAAAUAAACUCAGUGUGAUACACGUUAACGGUUACAUAAAAUCAGUAAAAUAUUAUCUUAAGUUCUUCACCAUCUACAGGUUUCUUAGUGCUCUCUAUAUAAGCUAAACAACUAUACAACGUUUAAUCAGUACCUUGAAAUUGCACUUUAUAAUAUGAAAAGUAUGUAUUAUUAUGUUAUUUGUUUAAAAUGAAAAGUGCCAAAUACAACUUUACCAAUG